UGUGCGUUCUGCAGAGUGGCAGCAUUAUUUUUGGUCUGUGGGCCACUCUCUUGUCCACUGGCCUUCACCCCUGCUUGCCUUCCCUCGUCCUGGAUUUGCUUGACUUAACAUUUUGAACACCUCAUAUUUAUUCAUUGUUAGAUUCCUGGAGACUUCUUUGUGAACUGAUCCAGACUAAGUGUGUGACAUUGCGGAGCGGCCCCCAAGAUGUCAGGAUCAGUCCAAGUGUCACAGAAGGAGCAGCAGCUCCAGCAUCGCAAGGAGCAGCAUCAGAAGGAGCUUCGUCACCAUCAACGACAUCAGCAACAGCAGCAGCAUCACUAUGAGAGCAGCAGUCACUUGAGCGCCAAGUCCUCCGUUAGCAAACAGUCCUUCUCCACUUCCAAGACCACCACCCGUCGCGUGAAAACCACCGUGAAGAGUGAGAAGAAGGAGCUGGAGCAGGUGGUGAAGUCGUUGAGUCCACUACCCAAGCGAGCCAGGCGCACCUACCUGGCCACUGACUUGGACAAGGACGUCAUCGGCUACGUGAUUCCGAUCUUCAGAGCCAACCACGAAGAGGUGCGCGGGUUGAUGGAGGCCCGCGAGGACGAUGUGACCGAGGAGGGUAUCAACUAUGUGGCCAUGAGGAGCCUGUUUGUCCGGGAGGCCAGGGAGGCGAUGGAGGUCAGGGUGGAGAAAAAAUCCAGGACUACAGAAAUCCGAGAGUCCGCCGAGCGCGUGCAACUGAGUAGGACUUUGGAUGAGUGGACAGAGUUCCGCAAAAAAAUGAACCCAGAUUGCCUGAUGCAUCCCCCGGAGAUGACCACCAAGCCUCGUGGACUGACCGUGUGGGAAGGCGAGACCAUCCGGCUGCACUGCACCGUGGCGGGGUGGCCCAGACCAAGGAUUGCCUGGUACAAAAACAACGUGCUGAUCGACGCCAAGGCGCACUCCGAGAAAUACACCGUGGAGAGCACUUACAACAUGCAUUACCUGGAGAUCAAGAACUGCGACUUCCUCGACACGGCCGCGUAUCGGGUGUCCGCGCUCAACGUGAAAGGAGAAAUGUCCUGCGUGGCCACGGUGGUUGUAAAACGUUUCCAUGAUGAGGAAAGAGAAACGAUAGUGAGCCAACCUCGCGGCUUCAGCUCUGAGCACGGCGUCACGUUCCAGACGACCAUCCUGGACAAAUUCAACGUGGCGUUCGGUCGCGAGGGCGAGACAGUGAGCAUCGGUUGCACCAUCAUCGUUUAUCCCACCGUCAAGAACUACAAGCCCGACGUGGUGUGGUACCGAAACGGUGUGCCCCUGAAGGCAUCUCCAUGGGUGCAUACACAAUGGGCCGGGCAGCGGGCCACCCUAACACUGACUCACCUCAACAAGGAAGACGAGGGCAUGUACACCAUGCGUGUCGUCACCAAGUCGGGCUAUGACACCUACUCGGCCUACGUGUUUGUCAAUGAUGCUGACGUGGAGGUGGAGGGGGUCCCCGUAGCCCCCCUGGAUGUACGCUGCCAUGAUGUCAACAAAGAUUACGUGGUGGUGACCUGGAAGCAGCCCGCCGUGGAAGGCAGCAGCCCCAUCCUGGGCUACUACGUGGACAGGUGUGAGGUUGGAACCCAACACUGGGCGCAGUGCAACGACACACCGGUCAGGUACGCCCGCUUCCCCGUCACGGGCCUGGUGGAGGGCCGCUCGUACGUCUUCAGGGUGACGGCCCUCAACAAGGCGGGGGUGAGCCGCGCCUCACGUAUCUCCGAGACGGUGGUCGCCAUGGAUCCCUUUGACCGGGCCCGCCUCCUUGGACCUUCCGCCCCUUGGACUGGCAUGAUCAAGUUCACGGAGGAGGACCACACCGCUGGAGUAGUACCUGGAGAACCCACUGAAGUUGAGGUUACAGAGGCAACCAAGAGCUACGUGGUGCUCGCCUGGAAGCCCCCCGUCCAAAGGGGUCAUGAAGGAGUGAUGUAUUACAUUGAGAAGUGCGUUUCAGGCUCGGACACUUGGCAGAGGGUCAACACCAGCAUGCCCGUCAAGUCUCCUCGCUUCGCCCUGUUUGAUCUGUGCGAAGGGAAGUCCUACAGAUUCCGCGUGCGCUGCUGCAACUCGGCGGGUGUGGGCGAAGCAUCCGAAGCCACCGGCGACAUCACCGUGGGAGACCUUCUCGACCUGCCUUCUUCUCCGGGCAUGCCCGUGGCGAGCAGGAACACAAGCACCUCCAUGGUGGUCUCCUGGGCGGCCUCCAAGGAUGUCAAGAACCUGGUGGGCUACUACAUCGACUACAGCGUGGUGGGCACCGACGUCUGGAUCCCGUGCAACAACAAGCCUGUCAAGCAAACCAGGUUCGUGUGUCACGCCCUCACCAGCGAGACCACCUGCGUGUUCCGAGUGAAGGCGGUCAACGCCGCCGGCUACAGCUUGAGUUCAACGGCUUCGCUGCCAGAGCUGGUGCGGGCGGCCGUUUCCGUCCCCACCGCGCCGACGGAUGUGCACCUACUGGAAGCUCACAGGGACACCAUGGUGGUGGGCUGGAGCGAGCCCACCAACAACGGAGGAGCUGACGUCCGAGGAUACUUUGUGGACUACAGGACCGUGAAGGGACGCGUGGUUAGCAAGUGGAAUGAGCUCAACCUCCAAGCCUUGACCACUACCUCCUAUAAGGUGGAGAACCUGAAGGAGAAUGUGGUUUACGAGUUCCAGGUACGCGCCAUGAACAUGGCGGGAGUCAGCGAUGGCUCGGUGCCCAGUGUGGCUCUGAAGUGCAAUGAGUGGACUCUUACGGUGCCGGGUGGUCCCGUUGGUCUUCACGUUCUGGAGAUCCGGGACUCCUCCAUGGUGAUCCUGUGGGAGCCGCCUUUGUUCGACGGCCGCUCUCCCGUCAACGGCUACUAUUUGGACUUCAAGGAGGUGUCAGCCGGGGACGAAGGCUGGACGGCUGCCCACGAGGAGACCAACGAGUCCACGUUCAUGAAAGUGAGCGGGCUACAAGCUGCUACAUCCUAUGUCUUCCGCGUGCGUGCUCAAAACCUCGCAGGUGUGGGGAAUCCCUCGGAGGUCUUGGGUCCCAUCCUGGCCGAGAGUCGACCCGGCACCAAGGAGAUCUACGUGGACGUGGACGACGACGGCGUGAUCUCUAUGGUCUUCGAGUGCCCCGAGAUGAGUGAAGGCUGCGAGUUUGUUUGGUCUAAGAACUACCAGGCUAUCACAGACACCUCCAGACUGACCAUCGUCAAGGAGAAGGGCAGGUCCAGAGCUAUCUUCAACAACCCGUCCCUGGAGGAUCUGGGCAUUUUCUCCUGCGUCGUCACCAACAUGGAAGGGGUCUCAUCCAGCUACCAGCUCACGGAGGAAGAUCUGAUGCGUCUGUUGGACAUUAGCCACGACCACAAGUUCCCUGUUAUUCCUUUUGUGAACGAAAUGGCCAUGGAGUUGCAAGAGAAGGGCCGCGUGCGCUUCUGGACUCAGGUGGAGAAGUUCAGCAAGGACUGUCAAGUCGAGUAUGUUUUCAACGACACCAUCCUUCAACAAGGAGACAAAUACAACAUGAAGUUUGACAAGACCACCGGCAUCAUCGAAAUGUUCAUGGAUUCCCUGGAAGUCACAGACCAGGGAACGUUCACUUUCAAUCUGGUGGACGGCAAAGCCAAGGGUGCCACCAGCCUGGUGCUCAUAGGAGAAGAGUUCACGGCGCUGCAGAAGAAGUCCCAGUUUGAAAGAGCAGAAUGGCUCAGGAAACAAGGUCCUCACUUUGUCAAGUACCUGGACUUCACCAUCACGUCGCAGUGUGACGUCCUGCUGCGAUGCACGGUAGGAAACAUGAAGGCGGACACGCAAAUCAUCUGGUACAAGGAUAGCCUCUCGAUCGGCGAGCGUGACGAAGCCGCCAAGAAGCUGGAGAAGGAGGGGGACGUGCUGACCUUUAAUAUCGGAAAGUGGGUUAUUAAGCAGGACACGAUAGAGCCGCCCGCUGAGGACGCUUCGCCGCUACCUCCAAGACCCAAAAUUUCCAAAAAUGACGUCGGCAUCUACGAAGUGUACCUGAGGGAUGACAGAGGCCAAGAUAAGAGCAGGUUCGAUAUGACUAAUGAAGGCUACCACGCUGUGAUGAACGAGUUGUUCCGAGUGAUUGCCAACUCUUCCACUCAAAUUCAAGUCACCAGCACGGAGCACGGCAUCAUCCUGUCCUCCGACGUCACGUACUAUCACGAGGAACAGUCCAUCAACUGGCUGCACAAGGACGCCAAGAUCACCGCUUCAGAACGUGUGAAGGCAGGAGUGACCGGCGAGCAGUUGUGGCUGAAGAUCAACGAGCCCACAGAGAAGGACAAGGGCAGAUACGCCGUCAACUUGUUUGAUGGCAAGGAUGGUGUCAAGCGCAUGUUUGAACUGUCUGGGCAAGCAUGGGAAGAAGCAUUUGAGGAAUUCCAAAAGCUCAAGGCGGCAGCCAUCGCAGAGAGAAAUCGCGCUCGUGUUAUUGGAGGACUGCCAGAUGUGGUUGCUAUCCAAGAGGGCAAGUCCCUUAACCUGACCGGCAACGUGUGGGGCGAGCCCACACCCGAGGUGAGCUGGACCAAGAACGAGCGGGAGCUGGUGGCCGACAAACGCUACGUGCUCAAGUUUGAGCACGGCAAGUACGCCAGCAUUGCCAUCGACACAGUCACCCGUGCCGACUCGGGCAAGUACGCGCUAGUGGUGCGCAACAAGUACGGGACGGAGGCCGGCCAGUUUACGGUCAGCGUGUACAACCCGGAGGAGGAUGAAACCGUGGAGGAAGAGAAGAAGUAGGACUGAGGGUGGAAGAGUGAAUUCACGAGUGAUGGACGGCAGUGCAAAGGCAAGCAAAGUUUUCUUAGCAUGUCAGUAUUUUAAGUAACUUUUUCGAACAAGUUGGUUCUGUGAAGAAAGGAAACAAUAAAAGAACUGAUAUCUUCA